UUUCCAUUCCUGAACGUGAACGUCCACUAUCUCUACAUAAUCGAAGAUGCAAGGUCUUUUUUUGCCUGCGGUUGACCUUAUCGCCAAAUUCUCGCGGUGAUUUCAACUGCAUGAGAAAAUCACGACGUACGUCCGGCGUGCAGAAGUCGAACCAGCUCACGCGACGUCGAGCUCUCUUCCCAAGCCAUGGACGUGUUCAACCAGCUCGCAUCCCACAAAAUUCAGAGAGCUGUCAUCAAAACAGUUGACAUGCAUACGUCGGGCGAGCCCACUCGUAUCGUUGUAUCCGGCUACCCAAAACUCAACGGUAACACUCUCUUGGAGAAAAGAAGAGAUGCAAGCGACAGACUGGACAAUAUCAGAAAACAACUCAUGCUUGAACCAAGAGGUCAUGAUGGGAUGUAUGGAGCGAUCUUAGUUCAGGAAACAGAGCUGACGAAAUGCGGGGAAGCAGAUAUUGGUGUCUUGUUCUGCCACAACGAGGGUUAUUCAACCAUGUGCGGUCACGCAACCAUAGCUCUAGGUCGAUUCCUCAUCGAUACACACGACGAAGCCGUAUUUCCAAAGCGACAUUCCCUCCCCUACUCCACCAAAAAACACAUCACAGAACUCCGAAUUCACGCUCCUUGCGGCGUCGUACACGUCAGCGUACCCACCACACCCGACGGAAAUCGAGCUGAUGGUACCAAACCCGUCAGCUUCAUCUCAGUUCCAAGCUUUGUCUCCAAGCGAAACUUCACGGUUUCCAUAAACUCCAAAAGUCAUAGCACGUGGGGUACGUUCAAGGAGCACAACGAGUCAGACAGCCACGCUUCCACCCGGAUCCCGAUACAAGUUGCUUUUGGAGGUGCUUUCUAUAUCAUCGUAUCAGUGCAAGACCUCGGAUUCGACCAUCUAGACGAAGCUCACCUCCCAGAGUUCCAACAGGCUGCUCAGGCUAUAGCGUAUCAGGCUCGAUCUGCUGAUCUGACGAUUCUUGACGGGACACUGUUCCACCAUCCGAAGGAAGAAGAUGUCAGCUUUCUCUACGGCGUCAUCUUCGUAGAGGACCAUCGAAACGGUACGACAAACACGAGUUCGAACUUGAACUCUCGGAGUGAAACAGGGCUAUGCUUCUUCGCAGGAGAUCAAAUCGACCGAUCUCCUACGGGUUCGGGUGUUUGUGCUCGUGUGGCUUUGGCUGUCAGUGAUGGUGCCGGUACACUUGGGAUGAACGAGUGGUGUACGUAUCACUCACUUUGGAGUAGGAAAUCGGAGGGUGAUGGGUUUCGAGGGCGUGCGGUUGAAAGAUUUGAAGAUGGAAGUGUAUUGGUUGAGGUACAAGGACGAGCGUUUUAUACUGGCUGUUCUAGUUUCGUCGCCCCAGAGACGGUUGAUGUUUUGGGGAAAGGGUUUUCGUUGACCUAGGAUUGAUGUAGUAUCCUUCAGAUCAUCUUCGAGAUUAUAUCCUUAAAACGAGGAAAAAAGAAAGAAAUAAAAACAUCUGCCCUCCGCUCUGCCCAGACCUGGACCUGCUGCGAUAGGAGUUCGAAAUAAUAUGUAAUUACCUCCAUUCAGUCGCGCGAAGCUCCGAAG